AUGGACGAGAAGGUCAAAGCUGUUCAUACCGUUAUCGUGCCCGUCGGCGCCCCUUCAGGGAAAGAUGACGGUCGCUCCUUGGCGUCUACAGAUCUUGACGCGGAGCUCCUGGCUGCGCUCGGAUAUAAGCAACAAUUCAGACGCGCGUUCCGACCAAUCGAGCUGUUUGGAGUGGUCUUCUCCCUCAUUUGUAUCGUCCCCGGCCUAUCCUCUGUCCUCGUAUAUUCACUUCCCAAUGGCGGUCCAGUUGCGAUGGUCUGGGGCUGGGUCGUGGUAUCGGGGUUCAGCGUCUGCGUCACCUUGGCGUUGGCGGAACUCGCCUCUGCAGCACCCACCUCCGGGGGCCUGUACUACUGGACGCACAGAUUCGCUAGCCCGAGAUGGAGGAAUCUGCUAGCGUGGCUCGUCGGAUACGCGAAUACUUUAGCGUACAUCACCAUGAUGUCGGCUGGAAACUGGGCUCUCGCGUUGAUGGUUAGCGCUGCGGUGAGCAUUGGCACCGACAUGGCAUGGAACCCAACGACCGCACAGCUAUACGGGGUGUCAUGCGCUCUCAUAAUAUCCGAAGCGACUAUGAGCAGCGUUGCCACGAAAGUCAUUGCCCGUGCGCAAUGGGUAUACAUCACGUUCAAUAUCUUGUUGUUCCUCGCGGUGAUCAUCGCUUUGCCCAUAAGCACCCCGAGAGAACUCAUCAACAGGCCGGCAUACGUUUUUGGACACUUCGAGAAUUCGAGCGGUUGGCGAGACGGUGUGGCUUUUCUGCUCAGCUUUCUGUCUCCGCUGUUUGCGACAGGUGGAUACGAUGCACCCAUACACGUGUCUGAAGAGGCUUCCAAUGCUAACGUCAUGGUCCCGCGUGCUAUGGUGAUAGCCAUCUGCAUGGCAAGUAUCAUCGGAUGGGCUACCGUCAUCGCACUCGUGUUCUGCAUGGGUACGGAUAUCGCUGGGAUUGUGGGCAGUCCUAUUGGACAACCCAUGGCUGUGAUCAUGUUCAACAGUUUCGGCAAGAAAGGCGUGUUGGCGGUUUGGUCGAUCCUUGCCAUAACUUUUUAUAUGGCUGCUACGAGUCUCUUGACUGUAGCUUCGAGGCAGUGCUUCGCUUUCGCUCGGGAUGGCGCUCUUCCUGUGUCCGGGCUCUUGUACAGGAUCAAUCCCUUUACGCACACGCCCGUCAACUGCGUGUGGUUCGUCUGCGCCAUCGCCAUGCUCGUCAGUCUUUUAGCGUUCGCUGGUAGCGCUGCGAUAUCUGCGCUUUUUACGAUGGCCAUCGCGUCGCUCUACAUCACGUAUAUCAUCCCGAUCGCGACCAGAUUCGUGUUCAAGAACGACUUCAAACCCGGCCCGUUCUCUCUCGGACGACUCAGCUUUCCUAUAGCCGCGACAUCGGUUUUGUGGAUGUUGUUUGUGGUCGUCAUGCUGCUGUUCCCAACCUCGCCGAAUCCGAGCGCAGCAACCAUGAACUAUGCUGUGGUUGUUACAGGUGGCGUACUGGCGUUGUCGACAAUGUAUUUCUACCUUCCGGUGUAUGGGGGCAGAUACUGGUUCACUGGGCCGAAGCGAAACAUUGACUUCGACGAAGGGACGCAAUCAGGCGCGCUCUGCGAAGACAAGCUUACAACGUCAACGAUGACCAAUACGAGGACAUAG